AUGAAUAUGCUAUUGUCACCCAUACUUCUGCGUCUGUACAAGUCCUUGCAAAUCAUUCCUCAGUUCCUCAUUACUUUUACUGUUCUCACUAGGCUCAAGGUUGAUGCACCUGAGAUAUUCAUUUGCUUUCAGGAUGAGGACUGCCAAGAAGCAGCUAAGUGCUUGAAUACCGGCUCGCACAAGCUGUGUGCAUUCUCUGUGCCCUAG